AUGUGGGCGGUCACCGGCGACCUCACCUCGCGCAUCGGGUCCGACUGCGCGCCGCCGACGCGCGGCGCGGAGACGACGAUAUCGAAAACCGCCCUGCGCGAGCUCGCGUACGAGGGGGAUUCCACCGUCGCGGGGGAGGACGAUCGCCAGUUCACGCUGCUCUUGAACACGUUCAAACGCCGCGAUCUGUUGAAACGCGCGAUCAAGCACUACCUCUCCUGCGACGACGUCGGCGAGAUCCGCGUGGUGUGGUCGGAGCCAGACCCGCCGCCGGACCCGACCGAUCGCGACGCUCGGCUCUACUACGGCGACGACCCGAGCAAGGAGGUGCGCUACCAGCGGCACCCGACGACGUCGAUUCAGAACCGGUUCGAGCCGCCGAGCGCCGGAGUGGACGGGGACGCGACGAGCGGGAAACUGAAGCACACCGCGGUGUUCAACGUCGACGAGGACGUCCGGCUGCCGUGCAAGGCGCUGACCAGAGGGUUCGACGCGUGGAGGGCGAACCGCGAGCAGCUCGUCGGGUUUUACCCGCGGAAUCACGUCCGGAGCGACCGCGGGUGCGGGUAUCGAUACGCGUGGAACGAUCUCGAGCUCUGGAGGGGCGGGGAGUUCAGCAUCAUCCUCACGAAAGCCGCGUUCAUGCACGCGAAGUAUCUGAACACGUACUCGAAAGGGCUGCCGCGAGAGGCGAGGGAGUACAUCGAUCGGAGGAAAAACUGCGAGGACAUCGCGAUGCAAAUCUUGGUGACGAAGACGACGGGGAUACCGCCGGUGUACAAGGCGCUGCCGAUGUUUUACUACGUGUGGGCGAAGCUGGGGGGCAUCGGCGUGCCGGGGAUCUCGAAGAACGCGGGGCACCACGACGAGCGCGGCGCGUGCGUGACGGACUUGUCGCGCAUGAUCGGCGCGGAGGCGCCGGGGACGGACACGCCGUUGUUGCGCGCGCCGUUGAAGGAGUGGCGCCGGCACGCGCCCGGGUCGAUCCGAGCGUGGUGGUGA